UCGCAGCGUCGAGUUUCAGUAUCGCGAGCGAGUUGGCAGCGAACGGUUCGUAAUUUCCGCUUCAAUUUUAUCAUAUUCUGUCACAGUUAGGUUUCCGCGUGCGUUUCCGAUUUAUCUAAAUAAAAAAUUUCAACAACCGAGCCCGCGACUACGAGAUUACAUAAAAGAUAACUCCGAAUCAUAAAAGUUACAAGUUGUCGUAAUAACCCACGUGAAAUGCCGACAUAAGAAUAAUCGCACGUAUUUACGUACCCCGGUAGAUCAGACGAAAACAAAAGAAUAGAGAAAUUAAUAACAACGAUCACGUGACGCGUACGUUGUUAACCAAAACGGGAUAAUAAUUACAUGUGCAGUGUUAAAACUAAGUGUAGUUUGAUAUUGAAGAGGAAUAAUAAUAUCCAGUAUCAUCUAGGUUUGAUCGAUAUGAGAAAAUAAAAAUAAAAGACCUCGGCAAAGGUGACCAGAAGAGUUUACGUCGAAAUUGCCGCUGGGUUUUGGAGAGUGGCGUUGCUGAAUCCGAAUCCGAAUCCGAUGGUGAUGCUGGAGCUGUGCUGUUGUUGAGGUUUACCAUCGAUCUUUUCUGUUUAAGAUGUUCCAGACGCGGACGUACACUUUGAUUAUUUUGCAUCAUCAUCCCUUGAACGGUAGCGUGACGCAUCCACGAUUAUGAUGUGAAUCGUUGAGCGAGGGAUUUUUGAGACACGGGGGAGGAGAAAUCCCGUAAUCGCGAGAUGGAAGGGGGAUUGAAACAACCAUCGGGUAGCAGCGGUUUCACCGGUGGUCAAGACGUAACGUCGGAAAAUACCAGAUCCGUUGUCGAGAAGAAUGUUCUUCUUGCCAGGAUUCACGUGCCCGAUCUCAACGUCAGUAAAUGUCUUCAAUUCCCAAAGGAUCAACUUGUAUGGGACGUCAAACAGCAAUGUCUAGCUUCGCUUCCCAAGGUCGCCACUUGGUACAGGGAACUCAAGGAAAGCUUCAACUAUGGAUUAUUUUAUCCCGCCGUGAAUGGGAAAGCUGGAAAAUUUUUGGACGAGGAACGUCCUCUCGGCGAUUAUCCGUUCAACGGACCCGUCGGAUACCUCGAGCUCAAGUACAAGAAACGCGUUUACAAAACGUUGAACUUGGACGAGAAACAGCUCAAGGCGUUGCACACGAGACCGAAUUUUCGAAGGUUGCUUCAUUAUGUGGCCAGCGGUCAAGGGGAGAAGAUUGAGAAAAUGUGCGAAAAAGGACUGGAUCCGAAUUUCCAGUGUCCAGAAUCCGGUGAAACACCGUUGACACUGGCGGCCACUUUGAAAGAACCGGCGAAGGUGAUCAUCGCUCUGGUCAACGGAGGAGCCCUCAUGGACUAUCGGACCAAAGAAGGAUUGACCGUCAUGCACAAGGCGGUCGAAAGGAACAGUUUGGAGGCUGUGCAGACUCUUCUGGCGCUCGGGUCCAGUCCCAAUUACAAGGACACCAAAGGUUUGACGCCUCUUUAUUACAGCGUUAUUUAUAAAACCGAUCCGAUGCUCUGCGAAACGCUUCUUCACGAUCACGCGACCAUCGGCGCCCAAGAUCUUCACGGAUGGCAAGAGGUUCAUCAGGCGUGUAGAAAUAAUUUGGUACAACAUCUCGACCAUCUUCUUUUCUACGGGGCCGACAUGAACGCGAGAAAUGCUUCGGGCAACACCCCGUUGCACGUCUGCGCCGUCAACAAUACAGACUCCUCCUGCAUUCGCCAACUUCUCUUCAGAGGUGCUCAAAAGGACAGCUUGAACUACGCGAAUCAAACGCCUUAUCAGGUCGCGGUUAUCGCCGGUAACAUGGACCUUGCAGAAGUUAUUAAAAAUUAUCAGGCCGAAGAAGUUGUACCGUUUAAAGGCCCUCCACGUUACAACCCUAAACGCCGAUCUAUGGCAUUUGGCGGUAUGACGACGAGCUGUUCUGCGAGCAAUUUGGGAACGUUAACACGAACACCGUCCAACGAUCAACCGAAUAACACGAUCGGUACUCACGUCACGAGAACAUUGUCCGUCGAUGAUUAUACCCCGGGAAGUUUAACGAGAAUACCGUACGGCGAUACGCGUUGCGGGACGGCGGUCGGCGUUGCUAGGACUCCACCGUCUGACGACUACAAUACCGGGACUCUGACGAGAAUACCGUCGAUGGACCGGUACAACAACGGGGCGAUGUUUUCCAGGGUAACGUCCAACGAACAAUACCAAGCUAUCGGUCUCGCUGAAAUGCACAAGCACAACCUGAUCACGUUGCCGUCCAUGGACCAAAACAUUGGUACGUCCAGAACAGAGUUUGGCACUCUUCAAAGGAUACCGUCCGACCAGCACAUAGGAGCUCUCGCUAGAAUACAAUCCGAUCAACCCAAUCUUGGCACCCUCACCAGAACCGAACAGUUGAAUACCCUCAACCGGAUACCGUCCGAAUACCAGAACCCUAAUAGCUUAAGAGAUCCUAAUACAAGAUAUCCAUCUUCGGAGCACUAUCAAAACCUAAGAAUUGAGGGCCUAUCGAGGUUACAAGAACAUAGGAUCGAGUUACAACAUCGUCUGGACAUUCAUCGGACGAUGGACCUUCCCCCAUCUCCGUCCCCAAGUAGUAGAAGUCUCGCCCCAUUCAGCUCUGCUAGUUCUAGCCUGUCAGAUGGCAGCAAUCAACCCUCUGGUGAAGACUCGGCCAGCAUAGUAACAGACAAAAGCUUGGGCGACACAGCCUCCGAUGUCAUCAGCGACAGUUCCGGAGUUGGUACGUCGCAAUCGGACACGACAAACUCUCUUUCCAUACCAGGAACGACCGUUGUUUGCGUCGAAAGUUACAACAGUGGGAUUAACGGACAUCUUACAAUUAACCAAGGAGAUAUUUUAGAAGUUACGGGAGCCACAGAUUGUGGAUUGCUGGAAGGAGUCCUCAGAGGUCAAGGGACGGGCCUCUUUCCAGCUCAUUGUAUACAAGAAGUUAGACUGAGGCAUACGAACAUUCCGUUGGGACCGCAAACUAUCAGAGAAGGGCGGAAUCGAGUAUUGGGACGUAGAGAAUCGCAACAUAAAUACUUUGCCACAGCCCCGCGACUAAAGAAGCCCGUGACAUCGGAACCCCGCACGGUCGUGUUACACAGAUCGAGGAAAGGUUUUGGAUUUAUAUUGAGAGGCGCGAGGUCGAAUUCACAACUGAUGGCACAGAGUCCAUCGGCUACAUGUCCAGCUCUGCAGUAUCUGGAAAAAGUGGACGAAGGAGGCGUCGCGGAUAUCGCUGGUCUCAGAAAAGGCGAUUAUCUGAUUCAGAUAAAUGGGGAAGACGUAACAACAGCGUCGCACGAGCACGUCGUGGAUUUGAUUCAGAAAUCUGGCGAACUGGUUCGAUUAUGCGUCGUCUCCCCGGUAGUGGGCCUUCCUAAUUCUCAGUCAGCAGCGGCAUUGCCUAUCAGUCAACCGAUUCAGAGGCAGUACGCAACAUUGCCACGAAAAGGGAGUAACAACGUCGUCGUCGGCGGUACCCUAGGCAGAUCGCCAGCACCGAUGCCACCCAGGAGAGAUCCCAAAACUACUCUGAGCGUUGGGAGGGCAAGGGCUCGUUCGAUGGUCGCCGGACUGGAGGGCGGUGGCGAAAAAGAUGACAGGGACGAAAUAACGUCAACCGGGGCAAAAUCAAGCAGUGCGGAAUCGAUUCAUCUGCCGCAACAACCAUCGGCGGGAUCGAACACUGGUCAGAAUACGCCUGUUCAACCGAGAACGGCGAGCAUUCGUUCCAGGCCUACGUCAAGUCGUAUCACAGCUGCCGAACUCGAGGAGUUGUUCCAGCGACAACAAGGCAGCGCAGCAACUGGUCAGUAUGGAUCAUCAAUGAUGAGCUCCCAUUUCCAAACUGGCCAGUCGACUAAAUCUCACCCUUCGUCACCAGCAAAAACUGGUCGUGUUUAUGCCAGUGUAGCGGAAAUGAAAAGGAAGGGCAAGACGAAUUCAAAGGUACGCUUUUUCGGAGGACUCGGAGGUGGAUCUGAUCUUCACAGAGACUUUCAUAGCACACCAGAUUUGAACAUGCAAGCUCAAUCAUAUAUUCUGGUAUCGAAAGGUCAUCGAAGUCAAGAAGACGUGAACGCACUCGCCAACAGAAAUGCUCUACCUCCGCCAAAUCACCCACCGCCACCACCUCCCAUAGGUCAGGUCAUCAAAGUCAAUAUCGGUGCCAGCGCGUCCGACGUAGUCACACCGGCGUCGGUUUACGACAACAUCGCUCAUAUACAACAAGUUAAAGAACUGGCAGCAGCAACACCGGACUCGGUAUACGGCGUGAUGUCGAGCUUUCGACCAUCGAACAGUGCCAAACUCUACGCGUCGCCGGAGGAUGCUCAGACGGUUGGUUAUCGCUCCCGUAGUUUGCCGGCACACUCGGCAAGGCCUCACGUUAGAAAAUCGCACAGUUUAAGGACACCGAACAAUUCCACGUUCAAGCCAACCGGGCAAAGUAACAGUCAAUUGGCCAACAACCAAUACGCUCAGCCUUUGAAGACUAACAGGAGUCACAGUAGCGUCGGUCUCAGAGACAGAAAGAAGAGAGGAGUGGCGUCGAGUUUAUCAGCCACGAAUUUGGCAGCUCCACCCAUACCGGAACCAGAUUACAGCCUCUCCGAAUCCGAAAAUGACGAGACCGACGGUGAGUCAGAAAUUGCUAAGGAAUUGGAGAGGGCGGCAGCUAGAGAGAAAUUGGAAUCCGCCAAAGAAACAUCGGGAAAUUCGAACACCUCGACCAGUUCCUCCGGGAGCAGUUCGAUACCCCAUUCGUUCAGCGUUGAUGAAAUUCAAAAGGUCAGGACGCAGCUUAGGUCGUCUAAGAGUUAUCCUAAUGACUUUUUAUUGCAACAGACGCAACAGCUCAUGGAAGACGGAGACAACAGUUCUAGCGGCGUGAGCUCCGAUCAAGAUGUACCGGUUGGACCACCGACUGGUUUCGACGACUCCCGAAACGAAAACAACGCUCACCCUGUGCCAACGGAUAAGGAAACUAAUACAAAAAGAAUGAAUUACAGCAGCGGAAUGUUGACAAGACACGCUGUUAGCCUAGCCCAAUUACCACCUCCCAUUGAAGCCGAUGCCGAAGAACAAAAUAAUGAUUUGUUCGUUCCGCCUCCGCCGGAAUUCACUGCGGGUACGUCGGCCGGUAACGGGGAUGAAUUGGUAUUCGCACCACCGCCACAGUUUUGUGAUAACAGACAGCAGAAUCGAGUGAAAAUUGUCGGAGCUAUUCCUAAAGUUGGAAAUAAUAAUAAUAAUAAUAAUAAUAAUAAUAAUCAAGUGAAACCGCCCAGUGGAAGAUUACACAGCCAGUGAACAAUUUAAUUUAUAGAUGAAUUACCGAUUAUUAUUGAUAUAAUUAAUAUUUAUUAUUAUAAUUGUCAUUGAGAUUGUCAAGUGCAUACCGUAGAUCCAUUACGUAUACCUAAAAACCACAAAUAAUUAUUAUAGAUGAAGGAGAUGUUCGGAGAUGUGCUACCUACCGACUUUUUUUUUAAAGGUUUGGCGACAGGUAGCACCUACACCGAUAAUGUCAGGUCAAUAUUUAUACAUUAGUUUAUCGUUUUACCAAUAGCACCGACGUCUCAUAUCCCUCGUUGGGUAUAUUACAGUAUGUAUAUGGAACUGAAAUAGUCCGAAUAGCGAUGCCUCAGCAAUUAACGGAGCAACAAACACAUUUCACAUAGUUUCUUGCCACGGGGUGUACCAAAUAUUCCAAUAUUUAAAGAAAAAAAAAAAGAAGAAAAUGUCGCACCUGACAAACCUCGUUAUUCAAAAAAUAUUCAUCCGCUAUCAUUCUUAUUUAAUUAGAGAAAACAAAAGAAAGAUUAUUACAGUUUUUAAAAAUCAUCGAACCAUCUGAGAUUUUUUACGAUAAACUUAUUAUAGUGUACAGUUGAAGGAAAAAAAAAAAAAAAAAAAAAAAACUACAUUUUACAGGGGACAAUUUAUUAAUUGACUGGAUAAGAACAAAAAAAGGGAGCGACGGAGCGACAUUAUUGGCCUAGAAAUGAGGGGAAUAUUGGCCUAUUCAAUUACAGCACAUACCGUAUACAUACCAUGCAUAUAGGUAAUUAGAUAGGUUGUACCGUAUAAAAAAUGUACACGACCUAUAGUUUCUAAGUCACAAAGCGUAGAGUACGUUAUACCUAAUGAUUUUCUUUACACGUUUCUAUAUUUAGCUACGAAAUAUUUAAUACUUUUUCAACAAUGACCAUUAAUUACCGUAGGUUCAUGUAAUGCUCGAAAUGUUAAAUAAGUAGAUGGACAACGAACCCAAUAACGUAAUAAAUUAUGUAAUAACUGUUACUAUUUUACCCGUUGAAUGCUGCUACUGUUGCUGCUAUUGCCACUACUACUACUAUUACUACUACUACUACUACUACUACUACUACUACUACUACUUCCACUACUACUGCUACUAAUACUACUGAUUUCGAUAUUAAUAUGGUAGAUCAAGGCUUUCCAUUGGUGCACAUUGCAUUCCAAAUUUUGGGUAAUCGAUGUCCCGAUAUUGAGUUCUGUACAAAAUUUUUAACCCAGCUAUUUCUAAUUAGAUUAUAAUAUAUCGUUGACUGAGUAACGGAUUUUUAUUUUUAGCGUACCGCGACUAUUGAAAGAGACAGUGGUGAGAAAGAGUUUCUUUUUUUUUCCAACAUUAUGAAUCGAAUCAUUCCAUGGUAAAGAGUUGAAAUCACGCUGAUUUGAGCGAGAUUUCAUCUUAUACAUGUUGAUUGACAAUGAGUAAUUAUUGUAAUUAUAUUAUUCAUAUUAUUCAUAUACUCAUAUCCGUACCUAUACCUAUAGUUCAUUCUAUGACUAUAGACACUGCUCAAGAGCCUAAUAAUUACGAUAAAACUACACACAAAGUCAUUAGAAGAGGGAAAAAAAGAUAAGAAAAGAAAAGAAAAAAAUACAACUACUUCCUAGUUAUUAAUAGUUAAUAUUGCAAUCAUUAAAACAUUCACAAUUUUAAACACAUGCGCGUGUUCUGCAUACCUAUACUUACUUGUGAUUCAAUGCAUGUGUAUACGCGUGUAUGAUUACAGGUGUACGUCGCUUCUCUCUUUGAGAGAUUUUCAAACUUUUUCCACCCCCGUCCAUUGAUACAAUUUUUCUUCGAGUCCACUUAUUUUCCAAAUCGCCUGUGUAUUAUUAUUUUUUAUUUUUCGACUCUUCGUGACUUCAAUACACGCGGGCAUACAUGCAUUGAAAAAACCAGUGUGAAGAACAUCUUUUCGAUAAGAGAAAAUCACGAUUAGACGAAGUGAAGCGAAUAUCUCGUACAUGAAACCAUUCCAUCUUAUUUGUAAAUUCGUGCUGUGGAACUGGUAAUAUUAAAUAUGAAUACGAUGUGCAGAUGUGUAAAGUCUACGUGUAACACACGAUGGUAUAGGUAAAAGAGCAGAGACAUACACUCUUUAUAUGUCGUCAAAUCAUAUUUCACUAUCUAGAAAUAAAUUUAAAGAAAGGAAAAAAAGAGAGAAAAAUGAAAAAAAAAUUAUUAAAAUAACGAUAUGUUAAUAGUAAUACGAAAAGCCAUAUUAAUGAAAAGAGUAUUGUAAGAAACAUAAUUAAUAUAAAAAUAGAACGAUUAUUAGUUCAGAGUUUCCAGUCCUCUAAUAAAAAAUGAAAAAUAGAAGGAGGAAGAAAAGAAAAAUGGAAAAAGAGGAAAGAAUGAAAGGAAAUAAAAGAUUCAGCAAACCUAAAAUGGUAAACCAAAAAGUAUAUUUAUCACAAGGACUACACUGGAAUGCCAAUAAAUUCAACUUGUACGUAUGUCGAAUCGCUGUACACGUACAAUAUAAUUAUAAACUAUAAUAUUUCAGUGGCACUUAUCGCUAUACAUUGCACAGAAAAUGUUUAUUUUUUAUCGUUUUUGUUUCUUUUCUUCAAAUCAUGCAGCAAUAUAAUUUAUCUAUUUCAGUUUAACCAAAAGAGAAAACAAUUAAUAAAUGGAAAUAUCGUCCAUAAGGGAUAUUGUAUAAGAUAUAUGUAUGUGGUUAUAAAAUUCCUGCCAAAAUUACCGUUAUGUUGAGAAAGAGAAAAUCUACAUUUAUAGUUGGUUUUGUUCGAACUGGACGAAUUUUAAUUGUAUUCGGUUAAUGUGAGACGUUAUAUUUAAAAAAUUUUAAUUUCACGUCCAAAUGCACUGUAGCAAUUUUAUCUAGCUCGAGAACCGUCAUUAUGUAAGAAGAAUGCAGGCUUCCAGGAAAGAUCUUUAUAUUCUCAUGUUCCCCGUCCAAAUCUCAAUGCGCUAUGAACCCCCCUUGUUAUUAUAUUCUAAACUUGGAGUUAAUUAUCAGAAUUCUAUCUGUUGAGCAGCCUCAAUGAUCUUCAAUAGUCUUUAUCUAUGCGACGCAUAUGUAUAAAAUUAUAUAGGCCAAUUCGAUGCAUAUUGAGAUAGUGUUGCUGCAAGUAUUGAAUGUACAAAGAAUAUUUGUGAAAACUCCCUCGUCCUUUGAUAUCCUGAUUUUGAAAAAGAAAAACAACUAUCCAAUACCUAUCAAGAUAUAAAUUAUGCAUACGUGAUAACGUCAGAUUAAUUUAUGAAUAUUCACGAUUACAAAAACAUUAAUAUAAAAAAUGGGUCGCAACAAUCUGCGCGACCACUGAGGAGUGUAAGAAAUGGUGAUUUCGAACGACUGAAUAUCCAAGCAUUUAUUUUGUUAAAUAUAUCCCCUUCCAUUCUACGUAACAUAUAUUAUAAAUAUUAGCAAAUUGCCAUCCAAUAUAUUGUAUAUCUCUUGUUCUCUUAUCAUCGUCAUCAUCAUAAGUAUUAUAACUAUAUUAUUUUUAUUGAAUAAUUAUUGUCAAUUUUAUUAUUAUAUCACUACUAUUAUCAUUAUUAGUAAUUUUACAAAAAUUAUGCUCAUUAUUAUUAUCAUCAUGAAUGUUGUUAUUUUUAUUUAGUUAUUUUUAUUUUUAGUAUGGUACAAUUAUACUAUGACUGUACUAUUAGCUUAUUUUGUAUGAUAGUUACAACACUACAGUGUGAGUUGCAAAAUAUGUGCAAUUUUUCGACGAUGAAUAAUAACCAAUGAUGUUCAAUUAA